GUCGAAGGCGGUGAUUGACCUGGACCAAUGAACAGGCAGUAUAUGCCCACUGAAGGAUUUUCAUCUCGGAUCUCUCAAAGACACUUGAAUUCUCUUCUCAUCUUCUCAUCUUCUCAUCUUCUCAUCACCUUCUCAUCUCUUAACUAUUUCUUGUGUCUCUUUCCUAUAUCUAGUGGAAAGAAAGAAGUGCUUUUUCUGUGGCGCUUACUAUUCCAGCCAUCUCUAGUUAUCGAUAAGGGCUUCCACCACUCCCCCACCGGAUUAAAAGCCUUUUCUUGGUCGCCCCCUCUGGCCCCGCCUUAAGACUUUUCCCUCCUUCUCCUUCCUACCGAUUUAGUCUACACACCCCUUCCCCUAAUACACCCUCAUAUUCCGCCCAAUAUGGUCUCUGCUUCCAAGGCUGCCCGUCUCGCCAAGCGUGGUGAUGAGAAGAAGAGCAAGUCCACCAAGAAGGGCGAGACCCUCGACGCUGACGUCGCCGACGAGCAACCCGCCACCACCGGCGAGAAGAUGAAGGAUGUUGAGAAGCUCACAUCUCAGAUGGACAAGCACGGUCUCUCGGACCGUGUCACUACUGGUGUCCUCGCCUCGCAGGAAUCCUCCCGCGACGUUAAGAUCACUUCCGCCUCUUUGGUGUUCCAUGGAAAGGUCCUCUUCAACGACUCGACUCUCGAACUGAAUUACGGUCGUCGCUACGGUCUCUUGGGUGAGAACGGUUGCGGAAAGUCCACUCUGCUCAAGGCUAUUGCCUCACGGGAAUUCCCCAUCCCUGAGCACAUCGAUGUCUAUCUUCUGAACGAGGGUGCUCCCCCUACCGAACUCGGUGCUCUGGAGUGGGUUGUUACACAGGCAGAGGAGCAGAUGGCGAGAAUGGAGCAGAAGGCCGAAGAACUCCUUGAGUCUCACGGUCCUGACAGCCCCGUUCUCAUGGACCUGUAUGACGAAAUCGACAAAAUGGACCCGUCCACCUUCCACACCCGUGCCUCCCUGAUUCUCACAGGUCUUGGUUUCAACAAGUCCACUAUCAACAAGAAGACCAAGGACAUGUCUGGUGGUUGGCGUAUGCGUGUGGCCCUUGGAAAGGCCCUCUUCGUCAAGCCCUCGCUGCUGCUUCUGGACGACCCCACCGCUCAUUUGGAUCUUGAAGCCUGUGUGUGGUUGGAAGAAUACAUGAAGAAAUGGGACCGUACCCUGGUUCUCGUCUCUCACUCUAUGGACUUCCUGAACGGUGUCUGCACCAACAUGCUUGAUAUGCGUAUGAAGCAGCUCCUCUACUAUGGUGGUAACUACGACUCGUACCACAAGACCCGCUCCGAACAGGAGACCAACCAGAUGAAGGCCUACGCCAAGCAGCAGGAAGAAAUUGCUCACAUCAAGAAGUUCAUUGCUUCGGCUGGUACAUAUGCCAACUUGGUCCGUCAGGCCAAGUCGCGCCAGAAGAUUCUGGACAAGAUGGAAGCCGAUGGUUUCAUCCAGCCCGUUAUCCCCGACCGUACCUUCUCGUUCCGUUUCGCAGAUGUCGAGAAGCUCCCUCCCCCUGUUUUGUCGUUUGACGAUGUUAGCUUCUCCUACUCUGGCAAGUGGGACGAAACCCUCUACCGCAACCUCGACUUUGGUGUGGACAUGGACUCGCGUACUGCCCUUGUCGGUCCCAACGGUGUUGGCAAGUCGACUCUCCUCCGUCUGAUGACCGGCAAGCUGAGCCCCAUCGGUGGUCGUGUUUCCCGCCACACCCACUUGAAGCUGGGCAUGUACUCCCAGCACUCCGCUGAGCAGCUCGACUUGACCAAGUCCGCCCUCGAGUUCGUCCGUGACAGAUUCCCCGAGAAGAGCCAGGACUACCAGUACUGGCGUCAGCAGCUGGGCCGCUACGGUCUCUCCGGUGAGUCGCAGAUGGCCCUCAUGGGUACUCUGUCGGAGGGUCAGAAGAGCCGUAUUGUGUUCGCUCUGCUUGCCAUUGAGUCGCCCAACAUGAUUCUGCUGGACGAGCCUACAAACGGUCUUGAUAUCCCCACCAUUGACAGUUUGGCCGAUGCCAUCAAUGCCUUCAGCGGUGGUGUUGUUGUCGUGUCUCACGACUUCCGUCUGCUUGACAAGAUUGCCAAGGACAUCAUGGUCUGCGAAAACCAGACCGUUACCCGAUGGGACGGAUCCAUUGGACAGUACAAGGACCACCUCCGUAAGAAGAUGCUUCAGGCCGGCGCUGUCUAGAGUGGUUUUGUUUAUGUUUCUUGCAUGUAAUGAUUGGAUGUUUGAGAUGACCAUGGAAAUAAAUUAAGGCAAAAGUUUUCUGGAUUAUCUCGCAGGGUCACAUCAUAUUGAUAUCAGUGGUUGGCUGCGUGUUUUUCUUUUCUUAUACAUGUCUAGAUGGGCCCCAUUAGUAGAGCUGAGCCCCGGGGUUUCGGACGUUUGUUGGUGCUUUCAUAUAGACUUCAAUGCGAUGAUACUACAUUCGAACACGUAUUCAUUUCAUAUCAGGUGUACAUCGAGACUAAACAUUCAUAAUCGAGUUAAGCCCACUUGAGAACCCAACUCCUCUCAAAAGCGCCUUCUUCUGUCAACUGUUGUAGUCCAGUAAUGCUAAGUACCUUCGAGGUAGCAUUAUACUUAAUCGCUUCCUCAUCAACCACCUUCCCAUUAAACACAACGUCCUUCGGCUCCUUCACACCAAGAACAGUGACAUUCGCCAGCGGAUUCUUCUCCUCC